CCUUUUUUCGUGAAGAGUCACCCAUUUCAAUCCUAGAUCAGAGCUUGUCAUAUGUUGCAAGAUUCGACGAUCACUGGCAGCUGCGACCAGGAGGAAGCUCGGUGUUGGGAGCGUAGUCCAGCGUUCGACAAGAUGGGCACAUGACGAGAACGUCCACCCACCCGCUGUGCCAUUCCAACGACGUACCUACUCCUACUGGGAGUCGCUGCCGCCCUUCAUCCUCAACUUAGCCAUCAUGCAACGACGACGGGAGGAUACAGAGCUUCCGACCAUUCCACUCGAAUUGCACGACAACGUUAUCAACUACUUAUGGGACGACCUAUCCGCGCUGGGCGUGUGCAGCCUGGUGUCGCAUACAUGGCUUGUUACGGCGCGCUCGCACAAAUUCCGUACUGUAAGCUUACAGUCUUGCUACAAGCGCACGGGAUUCGAAGAGCUUCUCGACUCCCCCCUUCUCAACUCGUGCAGCCUUGCGCGCUAUGUUCACGAGCUCCAUAUCGGCGUUGAUCCGCAAGACAAUGCCGUCUGCGAGCCCAAGCUACAGCGCGCGCUAUGGCACGACCUCGGCCUCAUCAGGCUCCUGCGAGAGCUCACGGAACUGGAGGUACUACGACUUGAGAACCUCUGGUGGGAUCCGUCGCUCCUCUCGCAGGAAAUGGCCGACUACCUCCUCGCGUACACACGGAAGGUAAAGCAUCUCCAUAUAUGCAGCGUUGCAUUUCUGCACAUGGGUGAUAUGCUCCGUGUGCUCUUGUCCGCGCCAGACUCGGAGCGCGCGUCCCUCGUCCUGUCAUGGUGCAGCGCGGAUAGCCAUUCCAUCCCGGCUGCGUCACUCGCCGAGUUCUCCGGGAGGGACAUACGCCUCGGUAGGUAGACGCAACUUCGUAUGUUGGGUUCUGCAUGGCCAUCUACCGAGGUAUUUUAGCCCGCACGCAACUGGUGGUCCUGGUCGACGAGCUCAAGGUUACCGCCGGGAACCGUCAAAGACGAUUCAUGCUGC